AUGAUGUCACCGCGAGCCUUUUUGGGUCACGUGUGUGAUCCCCGCUGUUUGCGAGUGGCGCAGAGCGAUGAGGUGGUCGUGAGGCGGCCAUGUGGAGCGACGGUUGUUCGGAUACAGGACCUGAGCACAGACAACAGAAGAUCAAGAGAUCUCUGGGAAACAAAGAGAGAAUCACCAUCCAGAGGAAAGAGGAAAUCUGAGCGAGAGGAUGAUGAAGAUUAUGAAGAAUUUUCCAGAAAGAAGCAGAAAGUUCCUGCAAGGAAGAAGCAACGAGCUGGGGUGCAACAAAAUCCCACAUCCAAAGGGCGUUAUGUGCAGAAAGAGCCACCAACCUAUGCAGCAGGCAGUGUGGAGGAACAGUGGUACCUGGAGAUCCUAAGUAAGGGCAGAGUUUCCUGUCCAACAUGCAGAGCUGUGGUCAGGAAGACUGUAGAGGGACUGAAGAAACAUAUGGCGAAUUGCAGACAGGAGAUGUUCUCAUGUCAUCACUGUGGAAAACAGCUCAGGUCUUUGGCAGGAAUGAAAUACCACAUCAUGGCAGAUCACAACAACCUGCCAGUUGUGAAGGAAGGAGGUGAAUUAGAUGAGCAGUGUGAACGAGACCGCCUCCGGAAGGUGCUGAAGCGAAUGGGAAAGCUAAAGUGUAUGAGGGAGGGAUGUACAGGCAGCUUCACCAGCAUAAUGGGAUACCUGUACCAUAUGAAAAAGUGUGGGAAGGAGGCCUCUGAGUUGGAGAAAAUGGCGAUGAAAUGUCGUCACUGUGGGAAAGCAUACAAGUCAAAGGCAGGGCUUGUUUAUCACCUUAGGUCUGAGCAUGGGCCGGUCACUUUCCUCCAUGAAGAAGGGAGGCCUGAGAGUCUGAAGGAAAUGACCCUGGAGCCCAGUAGUGCAGGCAGAGUCCAGAGAAAAUCUGCCAAGGUGGCAGUCUAUUACCUUCACGAGCUAGCUAAUGAAGAGCUGGCCAAGGAGUGGCCUAAGAAGAAGGUUCUACGGGACCUAGUCCCAGAUGAUCGGAAGCUGAAAUACACCCGGCCCGGACUGCCCACAUUUAGUCAGGAUGUGUUGUGCAAGUGGAAAUCGGAGAUAAAGAUGUACCGAAGGGUCCACUGUCCAAACCAGGGCUGUGAGUCUGUAUAUGGCAGUGUCUCAGGACUCAAAUCUCACCUCGGCACCUGCACCUUGGGAGACUUUGUGGCUGGGAAAUACAAGUGUCUCCUAUGUGAGAAGGAAUUCAUAUCAGAGAGCGGGGUCAAGUAUCACAUCAACUCUGUGCAUGCUGAGGACUGGUUUGAUGUGAAUACCACUAACAAAAAAAGCUUUGAGAAGCUGAUGAAAAUCCGCCAGAGAGAAGAUGAGCAGAGAAAGCAGCGAAAGAAGCGUAUCGCAGCUCGGAGCAGGAAGAAAAGGCCUGGGACUGUAUCUGCCAAGAAGCUCCUUGGUGCAGGGGCCGAGAGAAGCAGAAGAAGGAGUAAGAGGGGGCAUUCCCAGCUGGUGGACACUGAAAGCAGGAGCAGCGAGGAGGAGGAGGAGGAGGAGGAGGAGCCCCAAGCUGCACAGAGGGCAGAAACUCCAAAAACUAUGCGCAAACGAGGCAGGAAAUAGAUCAUUGGAGGCAGAGGAACUAGACAGUUCUAGGAAACCAGGAGCCCAGGUCAUGACACAGCAGUCACUCCCUUCUGUGGACAGUGGCCUAGCAGUGUAGUUUGUGCCCUAGUUAUAGGCUGAGUUCAGGUUAUGUUAGUUGCUUAUUUAGUGAUUUUAAAUGUUUCAGUCUCCAUUACAGCUCUCUGCUUUUGUUGUCCUCUUAGGGAUCCUCAGCUUUGGUGAGGGCAGGUUUCCUUGGUGGAUCUCUAGGGCUGGGUGUGUGGGUCUCAGCUGGGGGAGUGAUUUCCUUUGGGGCAGUGUGUGCAGAUCCUGGGCAGUUUCUGGGGUGGGGCAUAGAUGCUCUGGCUUGAUCACCUGCAGCCCAAUGCUACCUCAGGUGCUUAAAGGGCCUGCCUCUGAGACUCAGAUACCUGAGUGCUGUCUCCCCCUUAGGUCAUUGCCAUAAAGCACCAUCCCUUCAAACUCAGCACUGCCCAGCAGUUUAGGAACCCAGGCCUGCCUGAUUAGUUAGACAUCACCCUGCCAAAAGCAGGAGUGUUUGCAGUGGGCUAAUGUACCCUUCAGCACCUGCCUCUUUUAAGGCUGAGCACUGACUGGUCCCUAAAAGUGGGGAGGGAGCUCUUCCUCCAGUCUGUGGCUAGGGACCAGCUGUCUAGACCCUUGCCUUCCAGAGGCACGUGGCAUCAAACUUGUCUGCCAGCACGCUACAGUCUGGGGAUGUGUGAGAUCAGUGCAGAUGGCUUGUGCGGUGUUACAGGUUCACACUUCGUAACAGCCACUCCCCACCUGCAGGACAGAGCUCAUACACAGUAGCAAAGCCCUGCGUUUUGUUGCCAUGGGGUGGCCUUGCCCUAGUUUGGUGUCUUCCUUCCCUCAGGCCUCAGUAGGAGCUGCUUCUCCUUGUCAGUGAGCUCUGCAGGUGCCUUCUCCCCUGAGCUAGUUGUAGCCUGCUCCUGGGAUUGCCACCUUUACCAGGACAAGCCUUAUGUAGUGGGCCUUCCUGUGUGUUGGUGUCAGGGCUGGAGGGAGGGGGUCCUGUUUACCUGUUGAAUUAAGUUUUUUAAUUUAGUUCAUGAUGAGUGUUCUGCCAUGUUCCACUUGUAUAGCAGGGCCAGUUGAGACCCAUAAAUGGGUAACAUCUCUGGCAGGCUUAGCUACCCCCAUUCUCUGCUGGGUAGAGAAGGAGCCUGCAGGAUUUCUGAUGUCAGCUCACAUGCCCUGACAUAAAAGUGCAGGAUUUGAUGUCUCUUUACCCUCUCCUGUCUUGUCCCGCUACAGUUCCCUGCCUCAGCUGGCUCUUUAGUUUGUUACAUGAGGAUUCAGCUAGCAGGAUCCAGCACUCAAGAGUACCCUUCAUAUCUCGCUGCAGUG